AUUUGGCCGUUAAGCUGAGCGAGAACUGUAGACCUUCAAUGGAGGAGCGAACGUCAUCUGCUUGUAACAUUUAGCUAGGUAGCAAAUUCAAAUUUAUUUUAUGUUGUUUUUUCCGCAUUUUGAGGCUCCCCACCACCCCCCGACAAAUUGACCAUUCGUGUUCGUCGAUAGUGCCGACUAGUCGACCGAGCGUCAAACAUGUACGAAAAUUGUCACAACCAAAGUAGAGAACUGUUAAGAGUGGACUCGCUCGUGUGAAACCCAAUCUCGAUAGCUAGCAUAUUAGCUAGCUAGCAGGCUAGCUGGCUAGCUGUAGAGGGAAAACAGCACAUUCGUUACAUUAAAAAAUUCUAUCCCCACACCCUGGAGUGGCGUUUGGAGGUGCGUUAGUUUCAACCCUGAAAACGACGUGCACUAAGCCAUGGGGGCGUUUCUGGACAAGCCGAAGACUGAGAAGCACAAUGCACACGGCGCGGGGAAUGGGCUGCGCUUCGGCCUGAGUAGCAUGCAGGGCUGGCGCGUGGAGAUGGAGGACGCCCACACAGCCGUGGUGGGCCUGCCACAGGGCCUGUCUGACUGGUCCUUCUUCGCCGUGUACGAUGGGCACGCCGGCUCACGUGUGGCCAACUACUGCUCCAAGCACCUGCUGGAGCACAUUACGGGCAGCGAGGGUUUCCGUGGCGCCGACCGGGCCGAGCCCACGGUAGAGGGCGUCAAGAGUGGCAUCCGUGCCGGAUUCCUCAAGAUCGACGAGUACAUGCGCAGCUUUGCCGAUCUGCGCAAUGGCAUGGACCGCAGCGGCUCUACAGCAGUGGGCGUGCUGGUGUCGCCCGAACACCUCUACUUCAUCAACUGCGGCGACUCACGGGCAGUGCUCUACCGCAGCUCGCACGUCUGCUUCUCCACGCUAGACCACAAGCCGUGCAACCCACGCGAGAAGGAGCGCAUCCAGAAUGCCGGUGGCUCCGUCAUGAUCCAGCGAGUGAACGGCUCACUGGCAGUCUCGCGUGCCCUCGGAGACUACGACUACAAGUGCGUGGAUGGCAAGGGGCCCACGGAGCAACUGGUGUCGCCCGAGCCUGAGGUUUUCGAGAUGGCACGCUCUGACGAGGACCAGUUCGUGGUGCUCGCCUGCGACGGCAUCUGGGACGUCAUGAGCAACGAGGAACUCUGCGAGUUCGUCAGGUCACGGCUGGAGGUCACUGAUGACCUGGAAAAGGUCUGCAAUGCCGUGGUAGACACCUGCUUGCAUAAGGGAAGCCGGGACAACAUGAGCGUUGUGUUGGUGUGUUUGCCUAACGCCCCCAAGGUGUCAGAGGAGGCGGUCAAGAGGGAUGCCGAGCUGGACAAGUACCUGGAGUCUCGAGUGGAAGAAAUCAUGGAGACCUCAGGGGAAGAAGGAGUUCCUGACCUGGUUCAUGUCAUGCGCAACCUUUCCACAGAGAACAUCCCCAACCUUCCACCAGGGGGCGCCCUCGCCAGCAAGCGCAGCGUCAUUGAGGCUGUCUACAACAGGCUGAACCCCCACAGAGAAGAGGACGGGAAUGGUGGAGAUCUCGAAGACCCCUGGUAGCCGUUGGGCAGAGGUCCUCCCCCUACCCCCACCUGAGAAAGUCCUGAAUUCACACAAAACAGAUGAUGUCGCUAUCUGUCUGCCUUCUCCCCUUUGACAUGUCCUGCAGAUCAAUUGGACCAUAAAGUUUAAAACAAUCACCGGGAAACACAGAUGCUAACUUUUUUUUUUUCUUCCUGUUUUAAGAGUCAGACAAGGAACUUAGAUGAUAAAAUGAAUGAGAGUAUGUGGUAAAGUAUUUUUACUUUUUGUUGCUUUUGAUGUUUUUUUUUUUUGUUCCCUUUUGCAACUGAAGAGGAUGAGGACAGUCUGAGGGAGGACUCACGGCUGGACGCUUCUGCCCGUAUGAAAUGCGGUGCCUUUCUGUUCUUUUAAAAUAAAGAUUCUGCAGAUGGGAGACAGUUUGCCCCACGGAGGUCCAGUCCCUGAUCCACUCCAGACUGGGGAUGGGGGGGACAGCGUGGGACCACCAGUUUGCGAGGGUGCUGGGGGACGCUAUGCGCACUCGCUGCUUCUAGGGGGGUCCUGAUACAGCGAAUUUGACAAACGCAUGUAUCACUUUUUUUUAUUUUAUUUACAAAGUGGCUGGAUUAUGGCUUUAUUUGUUUUGAAAGAGUUGAAGAUUGAGAGCUUCUGCAAACCCCCCUUCCCCCAAUCUCCACCUCCCCGCCCUAGCCCAACCCGCGCCCUGUCUGCCCCCCCCCCCCAGUCAGGCUUGGAGGAGAUCUCUCUCCUGGAAGAUAUCUCACUCUUCUGUUUCCGUCACAAGCCUUUUAUCCUGCUGUUGAGAGGAGAAGAAAAAAAAACAUAUAUAAAUAUAUAAAUAUAUAUACAGAUAUAUAUUUUUAAGUUCCCCCCCUUUCGUUUUUCCUGUCGUGUCAGAUGUCACGUACUGUGCUUGCUGUAUAAAAGGUAAAUAAAACUCACCAGAAAAUGAGAAUAUUGAAACUAUAUAGAUACUGAAAAGCUGUGGGUGUGGAAAGAAUCUUUAUGGGAUCGACGCAUGUGUGCGAGGACUCCGGGAACGCUGGGAUUUCUGGAUGGAUGAGUCUUUAACACCUAUCAGCCUGUCGGGGUUUGUCCCGCCCCCCGGUCUCUCUCUACCGCUGGCUCCCGUUUGCACGACGGUGGUCUUGCAUCAACUCGCCUUUAUUUUCCUCUUAUAAUAUUGUAAAAUUGUGAUUGUUAAAUGAUUUUUUUCUAAACAAAUUGAUUUUUAAAUGUUUUUUUCUUGCAGAUGCAGAGUAUUGUGUGACAUGGUUCUGUUUGUGAUGUUCAGAAACAACACAAAAAAGUAUAUUGAAAAAACAGAACUAAUACUCAAAAAUAAAAAUUAAAAAUGGUUAAAGUCAGUUUUCCUCUAGUUCUUUUGGUGAAUGAACGACAAGGUAAUGGGGGUAUGUCUGCGACUCAGGCUGAAUCAUUUUUCUUUUUUUUUCCCCUGACCCUGAGAGGUGACAUGGUACGAAGUCUGGUUGCCAUAUAACUAUUAGGUACUUGAAUAUCUUGUGUGUGGUUCUAUUUUUGCAAUAAUAUUGAUUUUUAUGAGAAGAUUGUGAGCUGUGCAUGUGUUGAGUUGGGAUUCCGCUGUUUAAGGAAAUGACAGAGUUACAAAUGCGAGGAUCGGUUGUCGAACAAUGAAUGUAUUCACCAAGGCGACGGCGGAUACGUGCUGUGGAAGCCUUGUGAUGACUUCUGAUUUCUUUCCUAUGUUAGUCUGUCAAUUCAUGAUAUUACUUGCCCUCGUGUGUAGUUUCUAAAACUGCAUUUCCAAAUGGAUUAUGUGAAAUUACCCUUCCUCUUUUCAUUUUGUUUGAUUCCCAACCCCCAGCCAUACACAUAACUGUAGCAUUUUGCUGGAACGCUUCCUGUGAUAAGACAAAAGUAACUGAUUGCAAAUGAAAAUAAUGAUAGAUUUUUUGUGCUUACGGUGCCCGUUGUCACUUACCCUUACCUUUUUUUGUAUAUCUACAAUUAUUGGUAUAUAGAAUAAUUAUUUCAACAAUAUAUUUUAUUUAUUCCUAGAUUUUAGCCUUGUCAGUGAAAAUUGCUGUAAAUGAGAUCGGGAUAAGAUGCGUACGGGUGCACGUUCGUGUCCCUCCCUUAGUGUGGGGGACGGAUCCGAAUGGGUCGGUGAGGUCUGUGGAGGUACAUGGGCAGCCCAAGUGCCCUGUUUCCCUGUGUGUUCACCUUAACUCCUUGUACCGAUAGUUCCCAGUAUGAUAUUGUGAUGUUUCAUACCAUACAGUAAACAUAAUCACCUUAUCUUCAAUAAAGGAUUGCUAAAGAUGGC